UUCCGAGCCGGGCGCGAUGACGGCCCGCGCUCGCGGCCGGCGCGGCUUCCCGCGCCGCGGCUGGGGCUCGCGCGGUUCCCGCCGCCGCGGUGGCCGCCGCUGCCGCUGCUGCUGCUGCUGCUGGCGGCCGCGGGGCCGGCGCGCGGCUGGGAGAGCGGAGACCUGGAGUUGUUCGACUUGGUGGAGGAGGUGCAGCUCAACUUCUACCAGUUCCUCGGCGUGCAGCAGGAUGCUUCAUCUGCAGACAUCAGAAAAGCAUAUCGUAAGCUUUCACUAACUUUACAUCCAGACAAGAAUAAAGAUGAAAAUGCAGAAACUCAGUUUAGACAAUUGGUGGCCAUUUAUGAAGUUUUAAAGGAUGAUGAACGAAGGCAGAGGUAUGAUGAUAUUCUCAUCAAUGGACUUCCAGAUUGGCGACAGCCUGUGUUCUACUACAGGCGGGUGAGAAAAAUGAGCAAUGCUGAGCUGGCAUUACUGUUGUUCAUUAUUCUCACAGUGGGUCAUUAUGCUGUGGUUUGGUCAAUCUACCUGGAAAAACAACUGGAUGAACUGCUUAGUAGAAAAAGGAGAGAAAAGAAAAAAAAGACGGGCAGCAAGAGUGUGGACGUGUCAAAACUUGGUGCUUCAGAAAAAAAUGAAAGAUUGCUGAUGAAACCACAAUGGCAUGAUUUACUUCCAUGCAAGCUGGGAAUUUGGUUUUGCCUUACACUAAAAGCAUUGCCUCAUCUCAUCCAGGAUGCUGGGCACUUUUAUGCUAAAUAUAAGGAAACAAGAUUGAAGGAAAAGGAAGAAGCACUUAUUAAAACUGAACUCGAAACACUUCAAAAACAGAAGAAAGUUAAAAAACCAAAACCUGAAUUUCCUGUAUACACACCUUUAGAAAGUACAUAUAUUCACUCUUACGAUCAUGGGACUUCCAUAGAAGAAAUUGAGGAACAAAUGGAUGAUUGGCUGGAAAAUAGGAACAGAACACAGAAAAAACAGGCACCUGAAUGGACAGAGGAGGACCUCAGCCAACUGACUAGAAGUAUGGUUAAGUUCCCAGGAGGCACCCCAGGUCGAUGGGAAAAGAUUGCCCACGAAUUGGGUCGAUCUGUGACAGAUGUGACAACCAAAGCCAAGCAACUGAAGGAUUCAGUUACCUGCUGCUCCCCAGGCACGGUCCGGCUCUCGGAGCUGCGGGCCACGGUGCAGGGCGCCCUGCCGGCGAGCGCGGCGCCCGCGCUGCCCGAGGACAUCGCGCCGCGGCGGUCGAGCCGAGCGGAGGCGCCUCGCGCGCCCGAAUUCGCGCGGGCGCGCGGCGGCUCCAGCGACGACGACAGCCGCGAGAGGGGGAGGCCGCGCGCGGCCGACGAGCCCUGGACUCAGAGCCAACAGAAGCUUCUGGAGCUGGCGUUGCAGCAGUACCCAAAGGGGUCCUCCGACCGCUGGGACAAAAUAGCCAAGUGUGUCCCGGCCAAGAGCAAGGAAGACUGUAUCGCUAGGUACAAGUUGCUGGUUGAACUGGUCCAAAAGAAAAAACAAGCUAAGAGCUGAAUAUUCUGGAAGAUGAUGUCCACCUCCAUUUUCCAAAAUGAGUAUUUUACAAAUCUUUUGCAGAAAUUUGCAUUCUGUACCUCAGUAUUUCUAUACGUCAUGUGCCUUAGUAAAAACAAUAAAUAAUAAAUGUUGUGCCA